UUUAUCAGUGGAAGCCAGUUAAAAGAAAUCACAUUUUGUAAUGGAAAAAAAAUGGCGAUGUGAAAAGUGCUAAUUUUGAGUUAAUUUGUUAAUAUAAAAUACAAGCGGACCACGAAGGUCGUGCACUGGAAGAGCGGGUAAAAAUAGCCGCGCUCAAACUUUCCUGAAAGUAAUAGAAAUCAGACAAAAGAUUGCACAUUCUAUAAAUGAAUACGAAAGUAGUAUGGCGGACAACAAAGUCGCGCAUGUGGAAAAUGAGCAAAAACGUCGCGCAUUGGGCGGACAAAAGAUUAUGCAUUAAGCGGACACAAGCGUCGCGCAUUUAGCGGACAGAAGUGUCGCGCAUUCUGCGGACAGAAAUGUCGCGCAAUCAGCGGACAGAAAUGUCGCGCAAUCAGCGGACAUAAGUGUCGCGCAAUCAGUGGACACAAGUGUCGCGCAUGCAGCGGAUACAAGUGUCGCGCAGCGGAUAAAAAAAAAAUCGAACAAUUUGAAACGUAUUAGAGAUGCUUGAAUUAUUAGACGAUGGCCUACAAUAUCUUUUUACAUUUAUUCUCUAUAUGAUUUGAUAUUGAAACUAACACGGAAAUUUGUCGCUUUAAUUACAGUGCAUUAAACCAAGUGUUGAAAAAGUGUGCAAACCAAACGAAAUGGCGAACGAAGGCAAAUAUGUCCGACAAGCCGGUGUAUUAUCCGGCGAUGAAGAAAAUCUGAUCAGUGAGGAGACGAUUGUUGGCGAAACAGCCAGCAGUAACGUGCCUAACGAUACCCAAACAGCUUUAGCUAGUGACAGCGAGAAUAAUACCAGCAGCAGCUCAGAUGACGGGAGUUACGAUUCCGACAUUGGUGACAACAAUACCACAGAAGAGGCUGCGUGCACUUCCAGCGCAUCACUUGGAGUGUCCCCCCAACCGUCGAACAACCCAUUCGAUUCACGUCCAAUUGCCAAAACAGUAUCGGUUGAAAAUAACAGUAGUGGUCCUACAGAACAAAUAACAAACGCAGAAAGAAUGGACAGAAUGGAAAGAAUGAUCGCCGGCAUAAAUCAAGCUCUGAUCCGUUUACAGCCAACCCCCGAUCCAACUCUGAGCGAAAACCCAGACAACAGUUGGAACCUGUCCAGCGAGUUGAAUUCAUGCGCCAGCACUAGCGGAACCACUUCCUCCAGCAUUCGAUGGGAGUAUGUAAAGCCAUUCCCGAGCGGCAUCGCAGCUAACAAAAUGUGGGAGGAGUGGAACCGCUACAUCGAGAACUUCGAGAUCGCGGCCUCGCUCAGCAAUGUGAACGAUCCGGUGAAGAGAACGCAGCUAUUGUUCCUCUCAAUGGGUGGCGAACUACAGGAGAUAAUAAAGGCUGCCAAGUUGAGACCUAGUUUGGCAAACCCGGACUGCUACAAGAUCUUCGUUGCAAACAUCAAAACAUACUUCCGCUCGAUGACAGAUACCGCCGCCGAGCAUGAGGCCUUCUCUAGAAUGAAGCAAGAGAACGGUGAAGCAGCAGUCGCUUUCCACGCAAGACUAAUGUGUAAAGUGCGCUCGUGCAACUACAGCACAGAAGACGAGGAUAGAUUCGUACGAGCACAGUUGCUAAGCGGAUUGAAGAACCGAGAGCUGGUUAAGCAAGCCCGCACCUACGGAUACGAAACUAAUUUUAUCGUCCAAUCGGCAACGAGAGAUGAAGCCUUUGAAGCAGAGACACAUCGCCAGGAGAGCCAUAACGUUUUUGAACUCAACAGAAUACAUCGCCCUACAUCAUACGAGCAGAACAAACGUAAACGCCCAAAUGCGAGCCAUCGAAGCAUGGAGCUUCCGAGCAAACGAAUGCGUGGAAAUGAAUCGGCCCAGUGGACUGAAAGACGCCGUUCCAAAUGUGCGCGUUGUUCUCUUUACAGCCAUCGCAAUGGCCAAUGCCCUGCAUUACACCGUAAUUGCAACAAAUGCGGUAAGCGCGGGCAUUUUGCGGCAGCCUGCCAUCAGAAACAAUUGAACAUCAUGCAGUAUGAGCGCUACGACGGAUCGACGGAGAGCACAUCGUUUCGAGAAUGUGGAUCCGGGAGCGACAAACAGGUACUUAAAGAAUAAUCUGUAACCGAAAUCAUCAAUGCAUAUUUUUAUUUGGUUCUGUUAUAAUAAAGUUGAAUUCACGAAGAUCAAAAACUUUCUUGAUUCUUAUUUACCGCAGGAAGUCAAUGCACUAUCCUUAGAUGACGUCUUGAUCGACUGCUUAGUUGGAUCGUCCAGCCCAAUACGUUUUUUAAUAGACUCAGGUGCUGAUGCAAAUAUUAUCUGCGGGAAAGACUGGGAGCAACUCGAACGCGAGACUAGACAGGGCACUGCGACGAUCGAAUUGAUUGGAAAGAACUCAAGAAACAGAUUGCAUGCUUAUGGUUCACAAGAUCCGAUGGUUAUUGAAUGCAGCUUCGAAGCAGAAGUGCAGAUAGCAAACUCACGUUCCUCGAAGGUAAUCAAAUCAGUCGUUUUUAACGUCGUGCUGAAAGGGAGAAGAUCACUUCUUGGGCGGUCUACCGCAAGCGACAUGGGAUUGCUACAGAUCACCAACACAAUCAACAGCUGCGAAAAUGAUGAGAUUUUUCCGAUAAUGCCAGGUGUCCAGGUGAAGUUUAGCGUCAAUCCAAAUAUUCCACCAACUAAAAGCGCCUACUACAAUGUGCCAGCCGCAUAUCGGGAAGCCGCAAGGAAAAGAUUGCACGAAAUGGAAUCACGUGGAAUAAUAGAAAAAGCCACUUCCGCCCCAAAUUGGAUAAGCGGUAUGUCUGCUGUUGCCAAGGGGAGCAACGACUUCAGGCUCGUAGUCAAUAUGCGUGCUCCCAACCGAGCAAUAAACCGCGAGUAUUAUAGGCUUCCAUUACUCGAUGAAAUGAGAAUAAAACUCAACGGCGCCAAGUAUUUCUCUAAACUUGAUUUGAGUAACGCCUUUUAUCAUCUCGAGCUAUCAGAGGAAUCCCGAGACCUAACGACAUUCCUAGCUGAAGACGGGAUGUAUAGGUUUACUCGCCUAAUGUUCGGCGUUAAUUGCGCGCCAGAAAUCUU